ACAAGGAGAUGCCAGUUCUAUGAUGGAAACACUUGAGAAAAGGUUCAACUGUUAUUUGACCGAUGCGGUCGAAAAAUUUAUUAUGAAAGAAUUUCACUAUGUUCUGCAGGUUUCUGCUUUUUACUUGUGCCUGAGGGGUAAAUGGAUCUAUUUUUCGAUAUUCCAAUUUAUUCUCUAUCAUUUUAUUCUGGGGACAUUUAUAAUUAUUUUAUUUUACACAAUAGUACUGAUAAAAGAUUUCCAACUGGGUAUUGCGGUUCAAGCUUUUCACAUAAUGGGCGGAGUCUCAAUGACCGUUAAUAUAUUACUCUGGAUGAAUUACAAUCGAGACAUACUGUCUGAAACAUUCACCAUAUUUCACAGCAAAUUUUAUCAAUAUGAUGAAAGUUUUGAUUCGAAAAUGGUUGAACCUUGGCUUGAGGAAGUAAAAAUGGUUCAGAAAAAUAUGUUCCUAUUUGUAUCAUUCAUGCUUUUUACUAUUGGCUUGCAAGUAAUCGUUGGUGGUCCCAUUGAAGAUAUGCUUCAAGGUACAGUUAUAGAAGAGACUUAUAUCAAUGAUGUCUACAUGCAAUUGCCAGUUCCACUAUAUUUUCCAUUUUUAAUAACAAAUAAUACGGUUAAAUACGUGUGUUUAGUAUAUGAAAUUAUUAUCGCAUUUAUUGUUCUAUCAGUGCUCGGAAGUGCUGUGCUAUUUAUAUUUUACGCCACCCACUCAGUAAAUGUCCAAUUAAGGAUUUUAAUCUAUUCUAUAAAGAACAUCGAACAAAGGGCUUUGAAUAAAUGCAAAGUGAAAUACAAUGAUUUUAAAACAUAUCAAAACAUCAUUGCGCUAUAUUCAGACCCAAAAUUCACAAAGGAAUAUGAACAGUGCAUUAAAGAAAAUGUACAGCAUCAUUAUCAAAUCCUGAGGGCUUACACAAAGAUUGACAUCAUUGAAAGAUGGCCAAUGUUUAUCGUUAUAUUUUUUAUUUCUAUUAUUAUUGGUUGCGCUUUAUUUACAUUACUCAAGGGUGAGACUAGAAUAGCCCCACAAUUACAUUCCUUUCUCCUCCUCAUUUUGGAACUCACAGCUAUGAUCGUCAUUUGCAAGAGAGGGCAAGAUUUGAGCGAUCUGAAUGAUGAACUAUUUCGGUCAUUUUAUGAGACGAAAUGGUUCUAUUGCAGUAAAAGUAUUAAACAAUCGAUGGUAAUAAUCCAAGAAAAAUGCAAAACUCGUCUUACCUACAAGGCCGGUGGUUUAACAGACAUCAAUUGGGAACUGUUUGGCACAGUGAUGAACACUGCUUAUUCUUACUUCAAUCUUAUGCGUGCGAUGAAAUUUUCUACCGACUGAUCCCAGUGUAUAUUUCAUCAAGUAUAAUUGUCUCGCACUGUCAAAUUUUCAACGACCACAUUUUGAAGUAAAUUAUGUACAAGUUUUUGAAUAUUAAAUAAGUUUUAGUGUACGUAAUUUAGUUGAGGGAAAUUUAUUUUUUGAGACAAUAGACUUCACUAUAGUAAUAAAAAAUACUUAAGCACUUCGUUAGCUCUUUUAAGUGGAAAUAUCUUAUUUAAAUUCAAUAUUGUAAAAUUUGGUAUGAAUU